CAUCGCUCUUAGGAUCGAAGGAUGGAGGCCGUCACUCUUAGGUUGGAGGCCAUCUCUCUUAGGUUGGAGGCCAUCGCUAGUAGGUUGGAGGGAAGUUUAAUUUUUCAAGCCAGAAGAGCUCAAGUGGAGCUGAUUGGGGCCUUUUCAGCCCCGGACCUGAGGCCUGCGGCAUGCUCACUGCCAUGGCCGACCCUUGGCCGUGGAAACCGGGCGGUCUGACUGGAUUGGGCCAAAGAAAACUGGGCAGGAGACGUGAACUCCUGAUGUUUGAGCUUGUCUGUUCAGCGCAUUGGAAGAGCAACCAGAGACAAUUCGGUCGAAAGUGGGCUGUUCCUCUAUUUCUUGCUCUGCUUGCCUAAAUGCUUUUGGAGACUUGGUGAGCCUUAUGCUUGCCUGUAUAGGAAACUCAGCAUGGAAAUCUUUGGAUAGACUCAGACUCGCACGAGGAAAGGUUUUCGGGACGUCGACGCUCCCGAAACAGAGCCACGUCGGUUUAGAUGGUGGGAGCUGUUGGAAUCUUUGUGGUACAGAUUGGGCUGGAAGAGUUGCUUGCAUGUGUAUGUUGUGCGAACCUGCAAUGUAGACUGUUCAUUAAAAGGUAAAACACACACAAAUAUUGAGAUGCUUUAAACAUUGGACUCGGAAUGGGGUUGUUUUUAUGUCUCCAGCGGUUGGAUUUUGUCACACAUGCUCAACGUUGCUAAGACUCUGGCGCAGAAACAGCUUUGCUGCAACCAGGGCUGGAAGAACUUCUGCCAGAGCUCGCCAUCAGCGGACACUGUUCACACAGUUCACACGGUCUACCAUCUUCACCACGCAGUUCCUUCCAGCACUGUGAUCCACUCCACUGUGCACUCGGUCCCUUCCUCCGUGAUUGCCUCGGGUGCGUCCGAUUUGAACUCCGUCCACUGGCACCCUGACGGCUUUCACACUGUGCGAUCGUCUGAAGACGUGGUCCACGGGGCUUCGAGCUAUGGUGUCUCUCAUCCUACCGCGACGCACUUCAAUUGAAGACGUAAGCCCUCGGGCUGAAUGAGACCAGUUGUGCGGAGAGACGGACUUUUGAGUGAGCUGCUUUUUGGCGCUCAGUGGUGCUCUAAUGUGAGCCUCACAUUUUGCCAUGUCAGCAAGCCUUUUGCACUGAGCUUUCUCACUAGUAGAGGUUGCGACGAAGGUGGGCUCAACAAGAACUUGCUGAUUGCAAUGGGGUUGCUGCUGUAUGUGAUUUGGAGAUCUUCCUUUCUAAUCGGCAAAGAAGGGCACUUUUCCUCUUUGUUCUCCGGGUCCUCAGCAGUAUGAUACUGUGACUUGCUGAAUUGAGACGCACUGCCUUUCAUGCCUCUGGAGGUUGAUCACAAUUUUACUUCUUUGCACAAUGUGAAAACUAUGAACCAUGGAGCUGAACGAUGCUCAUCCAACGAUUGGCUCGUUCGGCACCAUACCCAUCUAAUAAGAAGCUUGGCGAAGAACCAAUGCUUCCCUUGAACCAAUCUCGUCUUCCUUGCAUUACCUCCUUCUUGGUUGAAACGCUU